CGCUCCUCUCCUCCUCCAUUCCUCCCUUCAUUCGACCUCCCCUCCGGAGCCGCCGUGCCCACCAGGGUCGUAUUGCCUUGCUGGUGUAAGCCCUCCCUUCCAGAAGACCUGCUCUGGCCCACCUCAGUCUCCCUCAGAACAGCGGAAGGGGGCUGCAGAGCGAUAAAAAUUUAUGUUUUCAUCAAGCCGUGCCAAGGAGAAUGGGGGUCCCACACCCAAAAGAAUGAAGACACGACAGAACAAGGACUCGAUGUCUAUGCGGAGUGGACGGAAGAAAGAGACUCCAGGGCCCCGAGAGGAGCUCAGGUCACGGGGUCGAGCUUCCCCCAGUGGUGUAAGCACCUCCAGCAGUGAUGGCAAAGCUGAGAAGUCCCGACAAGCAACAAAGAAAGGCCGGGUGGAGGAAUCCUGCACCCCCAAGGGCAGCAAGCAGAGCCGAACAGAAGAGAUCUCUGAAAGUGAGGGGGAGGACAGCAAUGCUCCUAAAAAGACCAAAACUGAGGAAUUACCCUGUCCUCCAUCCCCUUCUGACGUUGACAGCCUCGAUGGCCACAGCUUCAAUGAUGAGAUGAGCAGCGACCCACGGGACAUUGACCAGGAUAACAGGAGCACCUCACCCAGUGUCUACAGCCCUGGCAGUGUGGAGAAUGACUCCGACUCCUCCUCCGUGCUGUCCCAGGGCCCAUCCCUCUCCUACCACCAUCCUCCGCUCUUCCCCCAGAGCCCUCCGGUCGCCCCCACUUCUGACAACCUGGCCCGUCCACCUGAGCCUGGUUUCAGUCUCCCAGGCGAGGCCCACCCCCAGGGCCCCACUGGUGGAGGCUACCACUCCCAGCUGGAGGGCCAGGCCUCCCGCAUUUUCCAGGCUCCAGCCCCACAGACACCAGCCUCCUCUUCUUCUGCCGUUGCCACCACUUCUGCCCCCUGCUCUUCUUCCUCCUCCUCUUCUUCCACUUCCACCCACGCUCCUCUCUACCCUACGGCCAAUGUGGUUCAAGUUGGUUCCAAAAUUGCUGGUGGAGCAGGGGGGCUCUCAGCACCGGGGAGUCGUGAGCAGACCCUCAGCGCCAAGCACAAUCCACCACCCACCACUCCCAUCUCACUGGCGUCGGUGGUUGGGGGGUUGCCCCCUCAGAAGACUUCCCCAGCCAACCCACCGCCUGCUCCCCCAGCCUCUGCACCUUCCUUCCCGCAUGUCUCAGCCAACCUGCCACCCCCACCAGCCCUACGCCCACUGAACAAUGUGGCAGCUGCCUCCAGCUCCCCAGGGAUGGCAGGGCAGGCCUUGAGUGGGCACAUGGCAUCACCCCAUGGGAUAGGCCAGGACAAGGCACAGCCCCUGGCCCCCUCACGCUACCCCUAUGCCCCUCCGCAGCUGCCACCCUCCAGUUCCUCUUCCCAGUACCCACAGCCCUCCCCCACCCAGCCCUUGCCCAGUUACACUGCCUCCUAUGGGCACUCCUUUCCCCCGCCCAGCGGCCUUUCAGUGUCCAGCCAGCCCCCCAAGUACACCCAGCCCUCCCUACCCUCACAACCUGUAUGGAGCCAGGCCCCUCCUCCCUACAGCCGCCCCCUGGGCAAUGCCAGCUCGCAUCUCCCAGCCUCCUUCCCCGGUCAGUCUCCUCAUCACCAGCAACCACCGCAGCAGCACCACCAUGGCCACAGCAGUGGUGGGGGGGUCUCCCCAGCUGUAGCAGCAGCCCCCCCACAACCCCCUGGGGGCUAUCCCCAUGCCCUGGAGUCCAAUAGCCAUCACCCAUCUCAUGCCACAUAUGGGUUGCGCCUCUACCCUCCCCACAGCCAGGCCACUUACAGCCAGGCUCCCUCAGCUGCUACAGCCCCUUCUUCCUCCUCCUCCUGUUCCUCCUCAUCUUCUUCUUCCUCCUCCUCCACCUCUUCCCAGGGAAGCUACCCUUCCAUAUGCACUCAUCCCCCAGGGCAGAGUCCUGCCACCUACACCUUCCCCCCGCCCCCACCCCCCUCCCCGGCCCAUGGUGCUGGCCCUCCAGUCACCUCUGCAGCCACCACCCUCUCUACUGUCAUCACCACCAUGGCCUCUCCAUCUGCGGCCCCCUACAAGACCGUCUCGCCCCCAAUGCCUCCCUCAGCUGUGGCCCCAUAUGGGAAAUGCGCAGCCUCCCCUGUCCCCACCUUCCAGCCCCCAGCUCCCUACAAGCCAAGCUCUCCUCCAGCUUCCUCGGCUGCUCCAUUCCGGGCUGCAACCCCCCCAGGCUACCGGGUAGCAUCCUCUCCUGUGGCCAGUGGCUACAAGGCCGCCUCACCCACCCCGCCUGCCCCACCGCUGCCAGGGAGCUUAGCCACCCCAGCCCCACCACUGCCGCUCAGCGCAGCCCAGAUCAAGCAGGAACCAUCAGAGGAGUAUGAGCCCCCAGAGAGCCCUGUGCCACCUGCUCGCAGCCCCUCACCGCCACCCAAGGUAGUGGAUGUGCCAAGCCAUGCCAGCCAGUCGGCCAGGUUCAACAAGCACCUGGACCGUGGCUUCAACUCCUGCUCCCGCACAGACUUGUACUUUGUGCCCCUUGAUGGCUCCAAGCUGGCCAAGAAGAGGGCAGACCUGGUGGAGAAAGUGCGGCGGGAGGCCGAGCAAAAGGCUCGGGAGGAGAAGGAACGAGAGCGGGAACGAGAGCGAGAGAAGGAACGGGAGCGGGAGAAGGAGCGGGAGCUGGAGAGGAGCGUGAAGAUGGCCCAGGAGGGCCGGCCAGUGGAGUGUUCCUCACUGGGGCCCGUCCCCCACCGCCCUUCCUUUGAGCAGGGCAGCGCUGUAGCAACCGUGCCCCCCUACCUGGGCCCUGACACCCCGGCCCUACGCACACUCAGUGAAUACGCCCGGCCCCACGUCAUGUCCCCCAGCAACCGCAACCACCCUUUCUACGUGCCGCUGGGUGCCAUCGACCCAGGCCUGCUGGGCUACAACGUGCCAGCCAUCUACAGCAGCGACCCAGCCACACGGGAGCGGGAGCUGAGGGAGAGGGAAGCCCGUGAGAGAGAUCUGAGAGACCGGGACCUGCGUGAGCGCCUCAAGCCUGGAUUUGAAGUCAAGCCAGCUGAGCUGGAGCAGCUCCAUGCCGUUCCAGCUGCUGCCAUGGAUCCAUUCCCACGCCAUGGUGGGCUCAGCCUGCAGACAGCUCCCGGUCUCCAUCCCGCCUUUCCCUUCCAUCCUGGGCUGGGCCACUUGGAGAGGGAGAGGCUGGCGCUGGCAGCUGGCCCCACUCUGCGUCCUGACAUGUCUUAUGCUGAGCGCCUGGCAGCCGAGCGCCAGCAUGCCGAGCGGGUGGCUGCUCUCAGCAAUGACCCGCUGGCCCGGCUGCAGAUGCUCAAUGUGACGCCUCAUCACCAUCAGCAUUCCCACAUCCACUCCCACCUACACCUCCACCAGCAGGAUGCCAUACACGCAGCCUCAGCCUCUGUCCACCCUCUGAUCGACCCCCUUGCCUCGGGAUCGCACCUCACUCGGAUCCCAUACCCAGCUGGCACCAUCCCCAACCCUCUGCUCCCUCACCCUCUCCAUGAGAACGAAGUGCUGCGCCACCAGCUCUUUGCUGCUCCCUAUAGAGACCUGCCAGGAUCUCUCUCUGCCCCCAUGUCGGCAGCGCACCAGCUGCAGGCCAUGCACGCGCAGUCGGCCGAGUUGCAGCGCCUGGCUCUGGAGCAGCAGCAGUGGCUCCAUGCUCACCACCCUCUGCAUGGAGUGCCACUCCCCACCCAAGAGGAUUACUACAGUCACCUGAAGAAGGAAAGUGAUAAACCCCUUUAAAUUGACUCCAACUGUCAACAUGACAUCCCUAUGUCUUUCUGUGAACCAACCAAAUCCCAGGGGAGGGGAAGCUGCAGUGAUGCGUGUCAAUCCUACCCUGCAGCACACUGCAAGAAAGGAUGGGACAGAACUAUGGUAUGGCAUCCUGGGAGCAGAAUGUGGAGGAAAGCACACAGGGAGGGACUGCAACACCAAUGAUCGACUUGAAAGGAUCUGUCCAUGAUGUCAGCAGAGCUCUGGAGGAAUUAAAAUCUGCAUCACAAAGAGCUCACAAAGAUAAAGACUCGUGUGAAUUCAAGAUUGCAGCAGCUCCAUCUUUCGUUUUGAGGGAGCAGUUGUGUUAACUAGAAAAGGACUCUCGGGACUUCAUGUACACAGUGCCGCCUUUCCUGCUUCUGUGAGCAGGAGCUGCAGCCACGACGCACCUCCAAACCCAGUGGAGCCUUUCUUCUAGAUGCCUCCUCUUCCCCCACACUGUAGGUGUAAGAUACUGCUUAGCGAUGCUGAAAAGCAACACGGAACUUAUUCAGAUGAGCCUGAGCAGCCUCUCAUUCUCCAGCCUCCCUUCAGAUGCGAGCAGUGCGUUCCCGGACCUUUGAAACACGGCACUGCUGCCCGCUGCCAAGGCAGCUCCAGGCUGCUGGGUACCAAGCUCUGUGGGACUGCUGGGCGCGGCCGUACUUCCCUCACACCUCACGGAUGGCCACGGCCCACAGGCACCCCUUGAUCCCAGUGCCAGGCCUGCCCCAGCGGCACCCCUGCCCUCACCCCCCCACUUGGUGUACUUUGACUCAUGCACAUCCUAUUAGACGUGGCAGUUUGAUGUAGCAACGUGUGUCCCCUUCCCCCGCGUGCGUGUCUGAUCUCACGGUUGUAUAACUCGAGCGGUCCCCAUAUAUAUAUUUACUUAACCAUUAAAAGGAAAAGGAAACCAA